AUGUCCAGCUUCGCCGCGCUCUCAACCACAGCCGUUGACAAGCUUGUGGAUAAACACUUCGACAAGGUACCCGAUAAAUACUUGUACAAAGAGACAUACGACCCCCGGAAACUAGGCCAGAAUAGAAGGAAACGCUCAAGUUCAACAUCCAGUUCCAACUCGGAACAUAUGGCCGACGGAGGCAGCAGAAUGAUCAGAAUGCAGGACAACGAAUCCCGGGGGGAUGUCCGAUCUAUGGAUUACGACGAUGGUCCAGGCUAUCAAGAUUCCAACCACUACAGUCAAGGUCAGGCUCGGGAUCAGGAUCAGAGAUACCCAAAAACUGCAUACCCGUACUAUGCAGGGCCAACUCCUCCCACCGCGCAACGCUCCUUCGAUGAUCAUCACGACCCUUACGAUGACGCACGCGGAAGACAGCGCUACCCCUUAGGCGGGGAAUUAGAACUCUACAAUGACCGACAACCCUCGGGCCUAGUCCGCCGUCGCAGCUUCUCGUCGUCCCCCCACCGCCGGUACAGGAGCCCAGAAGGGAGGCCACACAGUAGUCACAGACACGCCGACGGGACGAGGCAUCGUCAUCGAUCUCGACAUCGGCCCCGCGACGCCUUCACGACCAGUAAGGCCGGGUACGCGGGCGGUGCUCUCGCAGCUGUUGCCGCGGGAUGGGCGACGCACACGGCUCUCCAAGCGCAUGGGAAGUCCACGGGAAAGGACAAGAACAUCGAUCGCGUCCUGACUGUCGUAGGCGCAGCCGUCGGAGGAUUAGCGGGCAACUCGCUGGUGGAUUAUUUGGAAGACGGCAACAAGGAUACGAGGGAUGACCAGGAAAGGUGGGAGGAUAAAUUUGGGCAUGGGAGAAGGAGGGAUAGGAGUGAGAGUCGGGGAAGGGAUCGAGGAAGGAGGAGAAGCUAUGAUGAUGACCGCGAUUAUCGAUGA